AUGCAGGCGUACCUUCAAUAUCGCGCCAUCAGGGCUUCGGUUCGCAACCAGCUCGACCAGAAAGACCAGGAAGGGUAUCAGCGCGUUCUGGCACGAGGCAGUUCGGACCCAUUCAGGACACAAAAUCCAGAUCAACAGCAACGACAACCGGAUGGAACUAGUCUAUUGCCUGGGAUUCAACUGAUAGAGGACACAGGCAGUCGCAACGGAGAGCCGUCGCAUAUCUUUCUCGUCGACUGGGAAAGCGACCACGAUGUCUUGAACCCGCGGAAUUUCAGCCUCGCGACCAAAAUGAUGGGAACGUUCAUUGUCUCGGCCCUGGCGUUCGUGGUCAGCGCUUCCUCGUCCAUCGAAUCCGCCGUGCUCGCGCAGAGCAGCGCCGCCUACCACGUCAGCGAAGUCGUCGCCUCGCUAUUCACCGCCGUCUUUCUCCUCGGCUUCGCCACGGGAACCCUGGUCUCGGGGCCUCUCUCCGAGAUCCUGGGCCGCAACGCCGUCUACGCCAUCUCCACCUCCCUCUUCAUGCUCUUCGUCAUGGGCUCCGGCCUAUCCCCCAACGUCGGCGCGAAGUUGGCCUGCCGUUUCCUAGCUGGCGUGUGCGGUUGUCCGCCGCUCACUUGCGCCGGCGGCACCGUGGCCGACCUCUGGGACCCGCUCGAGAAGACCCUCGCCUUCCCCGUCUACGCCAUUCUCUCGUUCGGCGGCGCCAUCCUCAGCCCCGUCAUCGCAUCCUACAUGGGCCAGGGCACUCUCUCCUGGCGCUGGGUGAACUGGAUCGUGCUCAUCAUGGGCGGUCUCGUGCUCGGUCUGGUGCUCCUCCUCCAGCCAGAAACCUACAGCCCCUUGCUGCUCAAGUGGAAGGCCCAGCACCUCCGCCGUCUGACCGGCGACCCGCGCUACCGGUCCAAGCUGGAGCUGGGCGACACUCCGCUGCCGUCCCGCAUCGCGCGCGCCUGCGGCCGUCAAUUCACCCUCGCCGUGCGAGAGCCCAUCAUCCUCCUGCUGGCCCUGUACAUGACCGUGCUGUACAUCGUGCUCUUCACCUUCUUCGACGGUUACGCGUUCAUCUUCACCGACGUCCACGGCCUCUCCCAGCCCUUGACCAACAUCGUCUGGGUCGCCAUGUACGUCGGCAUCAUGCUGGCUGCGCUGCUCCUCCCCGGCAUAUACAGCCAGUAUCGCCGCACCCGACUCGCUGCGGAGGAAGGCCCCGGGGACCACGAGCUCAGCGAUGCCAGCGGCGACUCCAAUCGCCGGACUCCCCCGGCCCAGAAAUCAAGCUCAAGCUCGCCUGACCCCGAGCACAGGCUCUGGUACGCGAUGAUCGGAGCCCCUGCUAUCCCCAUCAGUCUAUUCUGGAUGGGAUGGACAGACUACCGCGACAUCUCAAUCUGGUCCCCGAUCCUCGGCUCCGGGCUGUUUGGCUUCGGAAGCAUCUGCGUCUUCAUCUCCAGCUACAUGUACGUGAUCGACGCGUACGAGAUCUACGCCGCCUCCGCGCUGGGCUUCAUGACGGUGACGCGGUACUUCGCCGCCGGCGGGAUGACCGUGGUGGGGAUUCCGUUCUAUCGGAAUCUGGGCGUGCAUUGGACGUUGACGAUUCUGGGGGUCAUCAGUGCGGUGAUGACGCCGGUGCCGUUUGUCUUUUGGAAAUUUGGUCGCGUUAUUAGGGGUUGGAGUCGGUUUGCUGUUUAG